CAAGGCUGCGUCGAGUUUGUCGCCGGAAGGGGGAGAAAGCCUCUAUAUGGGUGCACAGAGCCAACCAAAGGGCACGGUCGCUCCGUAUGCGCCGCGGGAAGGACAGGCGCAUUCCGCGCUUUCGAUUUGGCGGCUCUGCGUGAAAGGUCCUUUCUCCAUGUGGAGAGGCUUUGUGGAGCAGAAGCCAAACUUUAUCCAUGAUGGCGCUUUGUGACGGAGAAGAUGAACUGAAGGGCUUGAGCUGAGGGCUACCGUUUUCAUCCGUUUCCUCUUGUGGAUGGCGGACGAGUACCACAGUAAAUGACUGUGGCAGGGGCGCGUCUGCUUCCAUCUAGGAUGUACAUCUCGAAGACUUGCGCGCUGUGAAACCUUUUAUAUGCGCGCGCUUUGAUUUUUGGACGUGCGGUUUCAGGGCUCGGACCGACCUCGGACACAUGUCAGCCUGUUUUUUUGGAUGCACCUGCGCCUGCAAAAGGUUUCUUUCGUAGGAAGGGUUGCUCACCAAGAUGUCCUUGAACGUCAUGACUCCAGUCGCUUGCGCGGCCACAUAUCUGACAGCGCGCCCCACAUCUCGCACAUGAACCAUGUGCAAUGUGUGGCGCAUUGGGCGGGCCUUGCCCUGCCGCACGGGCUUAUGGGGGGUCGGCUGCAUUGGACUACCUUCAAAAGGUGUGCCGAGAGUCCACAGAUGCUGCAAGCGCGCCUAGAGGUAACCCUGCUAGUCAUCCCGGGUGCCCGGUGUGAAGUACACCGGGGCGAUGCCAUGCCCCAACCCUUUCGCGCUGCUCACUUGGGUCGUCUAUGGACCGGCGUCCGUUCGCCGUACUCAACAUACAACAUUGCCGAAGAGCGUGUAAGCUAGCCUUGGUUGUCCACCUAGAACCCGUCCCACACCCGUGCCUGUUUUAUACCUGUGCCUGGGUCGGCAACGUUGAACGCUUGGAAUGUCAGGCCCCUGAUGACCCGUACUCUAAGACGCGUAAUUUGUUGCAAGUAGCAAGACGCGUAGUUUGCUGCAAGUAGCAGCGCGCAAUAGAGCAUGGGAUGUUUGGUUUUAACACCCCAUGGUGAUGGUGAUAAUUCGGGGGGAGCGUUGCGAUCGCUUAAUGCCAUGUCACUUCCCCCGCCAAGUCUCAAGUCUCCUUCGCAUGUGGUCGUGGCCCUCAUCGGUCUUCAAAGGUGGACACCUGGCAUGACGGAGGGGGGGGUGUCAGGGUACGAACCACGGCGCUGCUAGCUCACCGAUGGGCUGGGCCACGUUCUGGCGUUUCCUGUCGCGUUCUCAGCCACCUGUGAAGUUCACAGCCAGUAGUGGGCGCUUGUACCGGGAGCUUUGCGACCGAGCGUGCGCAAAAGCACGGCCACUUGAACUUGCAUGCCUACGACCAUCAUGUGGCUUAUGUGCAAGCCGGGGCGCGUGCAAAAGCACUUGCGCGGUUGAGGUGAAGGGCCCGAACUACUACCUAUCCAUCCAUGUCAAUUUGUAUCAAUCUACCUUUGGUUUAUUCACUUCGCGUGGGCGACUUGUGACUCUGGCCCUCCGUGUUUUUAUGCAGUGGAACACUGGCUCAACAUUUUUCCAACAGGAUUGUCAGUUGCUAAAUCAGGACGUUGACGGGUCAAUCCGUCUCAGCCUAUUUAGCCAUUCCAUGAGUUAGUUCAUCAGCGUUUUAUGAGAUUUUAUGUCCUUCAUUUUGAGAUUGGCAUUAGAGAGGGGCAGUGGGGCGCAACUGGCAGCCUUGAGGAUGCAGAAACUGUCACAGAUGAGCUUGGCAUGUCAGAGAAGGAUCGCCAAGAAAAAGAAGAAUGGCGAGAAAAGAGAAGAAAGGGGCGCGAGGAUGCAAUCGAAAGGAUGAAGAUGAAGGAACGCGAUGCAAAGAAGGAAAAAGAACGAAGAGAAUUAGAAAAAUUCAAGGAAGACAACCCGCAGGCCUACGAAGACAUGUUGGCGCAAAAGAGAGAGGAUGAGCGACAAGCAGCCGAACAAAAGAAACGUGAAAGGCUCCUGCAGGCAGCUUGGGAGCGGAAGAGGCGCAUUGAGGCUGGAGAGGAUCCGGACGAAGAUACACGACAGGCGCCAUCUUCAGCAAAGGGAAAGAAGGGCAAGGCAUCUGGGUCAUGGUACAGUACGAUUGCGGCGCUUAUUAUUAUGGCAGUGGUCGGUGGCAUCGGUUACAUAGUGGCUACAGGAACAGGUGCCAAAGGAGGCUCUGGCAGUGGCCGUAGCAAGGGGAAGAAGAAGACUCUUUGGCGACAAAGUAGAGGUGCAGGGCCAUUGGGAGAGUUCGCCAGAGAGCAAGUGAAUUAUGGACAGCUUAGCAUGCCAGCAGGUGUACAAAAUGAUGGUUUUGCUGGUGCUACUUGGUCGGACAAAAAAACUAAUGGAAGGAACAAUUCUUGAUUGGAAUCUCUGGUUGCGGUUUCAACAACCUUGGACUGAGGCUUCCGGAGCCCAUGCUCUAGCCAAAUGGGUGCUGAAAAGUGAUUCUUUUCACCCGAGAGUGUAUGUUGGGCCACUUCUUGUUUGACACCUCACUUUGCAACAAAUUUGCAUUUGUGUUUGCUGCAACUGCGGGGUCGAAGUCAAACCAGAAGAAUGC